AUGCAUGGGGGGGCGUGGAUGCUGUAUUCCGUGUUUCUGGACCAGCGGCUCGUCUGUUUCGCGGUGCUCCUGUUCUUUAUUCCCGUCGGAGGGGACUACUGCCCCCCGUUCUGCCUCUGCGCCAGAGAGUCUGGGACCGUCACCUGUCGCGGGGGAGAGCACCCCGGGGUGCCGGGGGCCAUCCCGGAUUGGGCUUCCACUUUAAUCCUCCGGGGGAACAACUUGACAACUUUACCGCGUUGGGCGUUCUGCCCCAGCGGCGCGCGGCGGCCGCUCGUGACGCUGUCGCUGUCGCACAACGGGAUCCGCGUGAUCGAGCCGCACGCCUUUCAGGGACUCACUUCUCUGCUUGUGUUGGAUUUGAGUCACAACCGGCUGGUAUCCAUCUCACCGGGAGUGUUCUCAGGUUUACUUGAACUCCGCUCGCUGAACUUCAACCAGUCCCUCGCGCCGCUCGCCGCCGUGCAGCUCGUGAACGCCCUCAGUCUCGGAGAACAUCUGCGCAGCCUCCACAGACUGGACCUGGCGGGAAACCACCUGACGUCCGUCCCGCUGGGAAUCCACAUGUCCAACCUGCACACGUUAGUGCUGACGAACAACUCGAUCCAGACCGUCGGCCGGGACCACGUGGCUACGCUCUACCAGCGACCACGCAUGCGCAUCUACCUGUCCCUGAACCCUUUCUGGUGCGGCUGCGAGCUUGAGGCGUUCUACUCCUGGCUGAGGAACUCCUCCCAGGUCCCCGACGUGGGGGCCCUGGUCUGCAGCGGGCCUGGGGCCCGGCAGGGGGUCCGGCUGGAGCACCUCCAGGAGGAGGAGCUGGGCUGUGCGGACCAGGACCUGGAGGCGGUCUCGUAUGUGUUCCUCGGUCUGGUGUUGGCCUUGAUCGGGGUGGUGUUUCUGAUGGUGCUCUACCUCAACCGAGGGGGCAUCAAACGCUGGCUGAACAACAUCAGAGAGGCGUGCCGCGACCAGAUGGAGGUUUACCACUACCGCUACGAGCAGGACUCCGACCCCAGGCUGGCCAAUGUAGCCGUGUAG